GGAUAGUUGUUUGAGGUAAUGCAUACAUAGGAACAAUGGACGUAUCCGCGCCAUUUCCCGCUGCGCCAGCAGCAGAGCCUGCGCAACCGAGUCCUGCGAUUAUGACUAGCCCCGCUCCUGUCGUCACCUCGACAGCGCCGACUACAUCCUUGGCACCGCUACCAUCUGCAGUAGCUCCAUCACUGCCAGCGCCAGCUGCUGUGGCCGCUCCGGAAGCAUCUGCUCCUGCGUCGGUUCGCGAGGACCAGGUCCAAAACGCCGUUGGCUUCCUAUCGCAUCCACAGGUCCGCGGCUCCACCAACACCGCCAGCAAGCGCUCUUUCCUGGAGCGCAAGGGCCUCACAGCGGCCGAGAUAGAAGAGGCGUUCCGGCGGGUGCCGGAGGCGCCCGCCGCCGCGCCCGUGGCCCCCACCGCUGCUGUGGCGCCCGCGCCCGCGGCGCAGGCACAGCCCUCGUACGCGCUACAACCCGGCCUGCCUCAGCAGCAACAGCAGCAGCAGCAACAUGGCGCAUUGGUGACGUAUGUCUCGCCGCAACAACAGCAGCAGCAGCCGCAGCAGCAGAUGGCGAUGGUGCCGCAGCAGCCCCCGGGCCCGCGUUGGAGCCAGAUUGUGCUGGGCAUUGGCGCCGUGGCGGCCGCGGGCUGGGCUCUGCAGGCGCUGGUGCUGCCGCGCUGCCGCGCCCUGCUGGACAGCUGGAGCGCGGCGCGGCGGGAGGCGGAGGAGCAGCGCAACAAGGAGCUGACGGCGGCGGUGGAGAGCCUGAAGGGCUGCCAGGAGGAGCUCAAGACCACCACACAGGCCCUGCUGGAGGCGGUGACGCUGAUGCGCUCCGAGCGGCAGGAGGCGCACCUGCAGCAGCUGAUGCUGGGAGGCAGCGCGGCAGGGCAGAGCGGCAGCGCGCGGGCGGGCGCCGGCAGCAUGUACACCUACGCUAACGGCGGCCACGGCCACGGCCACGGCCACGGCGCCGCCAGCGGCAGCGGCAGCGGUAUGAUGAUGACCGGCAGCAGCAUCAUGGCGGGCCGUGGCGGCGGCGGCGGCGGCGGCGGCCGCGACCCAGACUCGCUGCUGAACGGACCUGAUUACGCCUCACUCCGCGCCGCCGCCGGCUCCUACACCAACGCGUACCCGCCCGACGCGCCCGUACACCCGUACGGCGGCGGCGGUGGCGGAAUGGGCGGCGUGUCGGCGGGGCCAACCGGCGGCUCGACAGCCGGCGGCGGCGGCGGCGCCUACGGGGCAGUGCGCAACGCGGCGGCUGGCCCGUACGGCGCCGGCGCGAACGGCGGCGGUACGGCAGCCAGCGGCCCUGGAUCCUCUUCUGGCGGCGCAUACGACAUGACGUACAAGUUCACGCCCACCUCGCCCAAGCCGCCAGCCGGCGCCGCCGCCGGCGGGCCCAGCGGUUUUGGCGCCGUACAUCCGUACGGCAGCAGUGACCGGCUGUACGACCCAACGGCGCCGCAGGGCGGAGCCGCUGCGAGGUCCACGGAUGGGCUGGACAGCCCUGGCGGCGGCGGCGGCGGCGGCGGCGGGCGCACGGUGCCUCGGGCGCCGCCGGAGCAGCCCGCCUACCCACAGUCCUUCCACGAGGUGAUGGAGAUGGUGCAGCAGGGCAUCACGCCGCCCAACGUGCGCACUGACAUCGUCGACACACCGCCCGACCCCACGCGGCCCUUCUCGGAGGCACGGAUGAACGCACCGCUUAAACCCUGGGAGCGCGCCGCCGCCGCCUCGGGUGCAGGCGCAGGCGCGGGCCCUGGGGCAGCCGGCGGCAGCAGCAGUGGCAGCAGCGGGUUGGGUGUGGGCUCUGUCCUGACCUUCGGCCCCUCCGGCACCAGCGCCAAUAGCAACAGCAACGGCGGCGGGCCCGGUGUCGGCGCGUCGCCGUUUGGCGGCGGCAGCGGCGCCACCCCACCGCCGCGGGUGUACGGCAGCUAUGGCUGGGGCGUGCCGGAGGGUGCUGGCGGCGGCGCUACCGGUGGCGUUGGUGUGGGUGCGGGUGCGGGCCCGCUUACGGGAAGCUCUGGUGCAGCCAGCGGCGUUGGCGGCAGCGGCUUCGCGGCGCGCGGAGCGGACGGAAGCGGAGCCGCAGGCACUGGCGGCGCUGCGUCGACGGCGUCAUCGGCGGCGCCGGGCUCGGGGCAAGGGUCAGGACAGGCGGCCGGCGGCGGCGGUGCCGCCGCCGCCAGCAGCAGCAGCCCUGUCGGGGUCAGUGUGCUGCCGCCCGCAAACCCCGCCUGGCGGCCGCCGCCGCCGCCCGCGCGCACCGUCAGCUCCGUCGCGCCGCCAGCAGCGGCGGCGGCGCCCGCGGCGCCGGCGCCGCCGUCUGCGGCUUGCGGUGGCGGCGGCGUGGCCGAUGAAGCUGCCGCAGGUGCUGCCGCAGGUGCUGCUGCCGGUGGCGCCGGCUCGGGUCUGGAUGGCGCUGGUGCCAGCAGCGCUGGCGGCGCAGCUCGCAUGGUGGGCGUGUUUGAGAAGGCCGCCGGGGCAGGGGCCGUAGACGCCACGGCGGCGCCCCAGCCGGUGCCGGUGCCGGUGCUUGUGACGCGACCCACGCCGGAGCCGGCCUCGGCGGCUGUGACAGAAGCCUCAGCGCCCGCGGCGGCGCCGGUGACUCCCGACGCUGCCGCGUCGGCGACGGCUGCGGCGGCGGGCUCUGCACCGGCUCCUGUGGCGGCCGAGGGCGGUGCAGCGGAACCGACGACGGCUGCGGCAGAGUAGGCUUGCUGUGCGGUGGUGGCAUGUGGUAGUGUUAAUGUGGUGCAGGAUGAGGUUGCGGGUGCUGCGUAUGAGACUUGUUGCUGCGUUGUUGCGCUGGUUGUUGCUAAUCCCUACGACUUGUCCGCAACGGGCAGGGGAGGCCGUGUCAUUGGGGGCACUCCAUACGGGCAUGCCAAACCAGGGGGGCUGCGGCCCAGACCCUUAAGCGUCCGUGGCAAUUGUUGGUAUAGAGUCCCCUAAAUACUCACUCCGUGCGCCUCGUAUAACGAUUGAAGUACUCCACCGCGAGGCUGUCGGCUUCUGGAAUUCCUGGCUUUGCUAACCCUCUUCUUCU